AUGUGUUGUUUGUGUUAGAGUGUACUUUCUUGAUCGUGGAAAAUUUAGUAUUUGGAUAUGUUGUAUUCGGUGAGUGUUUUAACAUGGUUCAAUUUCAUUUAUUUCAUCGGCUUGACAUAGUAGAAAAUAAUGGGUUUUGAUCAUUCUAAUCAAAUCUUUAGGAUAAAAAAGGAUGGGGUGUAUCAAUAGCCGUGCAGAUAUCAAUGAUCUACAUCCAAAUAUUUUUCAAGUGAUAAAUGUUGAUGAUUUAGGUAAUUUAGUUACUCCAGGACGUUUAGAAAUUACAGAUACAGAUAUAAUUUUAUAUCAACGUGGCAAACAGCCUAUAAAAUGGCCAUUACGAUGUUUACGACGAUACGGUCAUGAUGCAGAAAUCUUUAGCUUUGAGUCUGGUAGAAGGUGUUCUACUGGGCCGGGUAUUUAUGCCUUUAAAUGUCGUAGAGCAGCACAUUUAUUUAAUCUUGUUCAAACAAAUAUCCAAGUAUGUAAUAAUAGUAUAGAUGAAACAAUAUCAAGAGAGCUUCCAGUUGCUGCUCAAACAGUUCCAUCUGUAACAAGAGUGACAAUACCAUUUGAACCUAAUUAUUUAGAUCCAACGCCUACUAGAUUUAACAACCGCAUAGGUACUAGAUUUGUUCAUAAUGAACAGAAUGGAAUAGGAAGGCUAAGUAGCGUUGGAAGUAGUAAUGGUCCCAUGUCACCUCAAGGAACUAUAAGCACUCCAUCUCCUCCUCCUAUUCUACCACCACCACAACCACCACCACCACCACCAUCUAUAAUUUCUCACUCACAUUCAUCUUCACUUUAUAUCAACGAAGAAAUAUUAUUAUCUAUUCCAUUGGAAAUGGAACACAACAAUAAUAAGAGUCUUAGGAGAACGACACAAAGCAGUGGCACAAGUGGAUGGGAAAUGACAUCCGUAACUAAAAAUCAGGAAAUAUCAUGUAGCAAUAGGCCAUUGUUAUCUUCAACAGUAUCCUACAUGAAUGUGGGCAUUAGUAAUGAAGUUAGCCCACUUUCACCAAGUCAUAUUACUUUGGAUGCAACUGCAUGUAUAGAAGAUAUUAAUGAACCAAAUAUUUCUGAACAUGCGUACAUGAAUAUAAGUCCUGGUAAUGAUCAAGCUGAUUCCGUUGCUGUUAGGGUACACCCACUACCAUUGCCAGCUUUACAAUCUAAUUCAGAAGAUGGAUCAAGGCACUGUUAUGCUAAUUUAGAAUCAGCUGAAAUUGAAAGUUUAAAGAAAAGAUUUUCAGGAAUUUCUAUAUCUGAUAAAUCACCUUUACCUCCAUCAACACCUACAGGUAUUGCAAUUAGGGAAGUUAAUUAUGCUGUUUUGGACUUGGAUAGGAAAGAUGAAUCAAUGAAUCCCUCAUUGGAUGGUGCAGUACAUUUAACACCAUCCCCACCAGAGUCUCCCAAUAAGAUACAAAAAGGAUAUGCUACAAUAGAUUUUAAUAAAACAGCUGCUCUCUGUCAUUCUGUCAAUCCUAAUCUUGUAAAUGAUAAUGAAGGUUCGCGAAAGACACGUCAUAAUUCCACAAUAAAUGACUUGUCUGCUUCUUGCAGACUUAGUUCAUCCAUUAGUGAGUAAUACAUUUAUUAUUUUAUUAUAUUCAUAUUAGAUUAUUCAUGCACUUAUACCGUUAUUAUACAUAUGCAUAAAAUCUUUAAUCUUUCAUAAAAUAAUAAUUUGUUAGUUUUUUUCUUACUUUUUAGAAUGUCUUAAAAUAUUGAUUAAGAGACAGCUUUAUAUGUAUUAUUUAGUAAAAUUUUUCUAAGUUCAAGAUUUUUAUAAUAUAUCAUUUCACUUAUAUUUUUUUUUAUAUAUAAGUAUACAAGUUAUUUGAAUAGUUUCGAAUGUUACAUGUGCAGCAUACAUGUAUCAGUUUUAGAGUUUCCAGUCUGAUUCAUAAAUACAUAAUAAUUCAUUUUAUAAAUUACAGCAUUUAAAAGAUGUAGUUUCCUCUUUAAUGUAUUUUUAGAGAAAGGAAAUCUCAAGGAAAGAAUUUUAUACAAUAAUUAAACACGUUUAUAGAAUAUUGCACAUAAAACAAUUUUUUACAUUAGAUAUUUUAACAUAUUAUGUAGAGUUAUUGGAAGAUAAAGCAUCUUAAUUUUUUUGUAUAUAUUUCUAAAACUAAUGAGGCUGAUAUUAAAGUAUAAACUAAAUGCUAAUAUAGAAUUAAUUCAGUGAUUAUUUAACAAACUUGUUGGUUUAGAUCAGGUUUGUACAUUGUUAGCUCUGAAUUUCUUGUAAUUUGUUACACACUAGCAAAAUUUCUUUUAAUUAAUCUUACACUUUUAAUAUUUGAGACUUAAUAUAUAUAACUGCUAGUCUGUUUCUUUUUUUUUUACAUUCUUAUCAUGAUGGAUAAUCUUUGCUUCCUCUAAAUUUAUCUAUAUUUCAAGAAUUUAUAAAAAAGUAGAAAGGAAUAUAGUAAAGUUAUUUUUACUGAGACAAUCAUUUGACAUUUAAAACUAUAUGUAUACAAGUAUAUUUCAGUAGAAAAUGAUAUUACUCCAUGCAAUAUUUAAAGUUUGUUUUAACAUUUAUCAGAAAUUAUUUAUCAAAGUGAUAUACAAAUGUGAUAAAAGUAUAUAGAGUAUAAACUAUAUAGCACAUGUGUGUGUAUGCGUGAUAAAUUUUGAGGCAGUUAAGAUAGCAAUGUAAGUGAGGAUUCUACAUAAUUUAUACCCAAACAAGAUUUGUUGUGACACAAAAUAAUAAUGACUAUUUUAUGACACUAUUACAUAUAUGUUGUAGAUAAAGUAAAACAAAACAUUUCUAGUUUAUCAAUAAAGACAGGCUUCUCUUCUCUUGAUUUUUUAAAUAUUUCUAUAUAUAUGCUAAAAUAGUAUGCCAUUGUAAAGAAGUGUUUAUUUAUAUGUGAUAUUGUUAAUUAAUAUUUAUUUUAUAACUUUUAAUUAUUUUAUAUGUAUUUUUUCCAGAAUAUAUUCUUAGUCUUCAUCUAAAUAUUAUGCAUAUAUAACAAUUAAAAUAUAUAAAAAAUAUAAGAAUAAGAUGCAAUUUAGGUGACUUUUUCUUCCAAUAGCUCCAAAUGUGAAAUAACAAAAAGUCAAUAUGUUUAAAUUAACAGAAGUUAAAUAUUUUUAAAAUUAAUUAUAUUGCUGUGAGAGAGCACAAGUUUUUGUGCUAUAGGUUCCCUAAGCGGCAAUCGAUCACUAGUUCCGACUUAUUUUUAUGUAAUUAAAUUUCUUACAACGACAUAAAUGUAUUGAAAAAGCUAUAGAUAAUUUUACUAUUAAGUAUGAUCCUGUGCCACACAGGAUUCACUUCAAUUAAACUAUCAAACAUUAUCUGUGCCUGAAAGAGAGGGCAUACAUAAAGUGCAGAAGUUUAAUAAUAAGAUGAUUUUUUUUAUAAUUAAAAUGACCUAAUUAAAAUGACCUAAGGCAUACCUACAAGUAAUAAAUGCCAAUAAAAAGUGGACUAGGAGUUUUCAAAUUACAUGAUUUGAUAAUUAGAAGCAACGAACUUAUAUUUAGAAGUAUAGAUUUCUUAAAUUGAAUAAUUUUUCCUUAAGAGUUCCUUCAAAUCAAGGUAACAAUCAGGGGACUUUGUACAACUUUUUGUACAAAUUCAGAUUUAUAAUUAUUUCUCUAGUUAAAAUGAUAAGAAAUGUUACAUUGUAAUGUUACUUUUCUGUUACUCUUUUUAUAUUUAUAAUUUUUUCUUGAUCAUAUAGAUUAAUUUCGUUAAAUUAUAUAAAUUGAUAUUUGAAACAAAUUAUGUUUAUGCGCUACAUUUUAUUUGACAUUUGUAUAAACAGAAAUGUCUUUUUAUAAUUUUAAUUCCUUGCAAAAUUUUACAAUAGGUAUUCUAUUUGUUGUUAACUAUAAUCUUUUCUAUGCUGUAUGCAACAAGGUCAUAUUUUAUGAACAUGUACUUUCCAAAAGUAUGUAUAAACUAUAUGCUUAUAUGCAAACAAUUUUUUUAGUUAUAAGUAAAAUCAGUAGAUUCAUAUAUAGAUAUAAAGCAGAUAAUAAUUAAAUUAAGUUAAUAUUUAAAUUAAAUAUUCAUUAAAUUAGUUAAUAUUAAUCUGUUUUAUACUUUUAUUACAAUGUUUGUUAUAAAUAUUAUGUUGAAUAUAUUAAUAGCUAUUUUAUAAUAUUAAGAAUAUUAUGUAUAAUACAUUAAUACUUGAUAUUAACACAUUCACUGCCAUAACAUAUUAUAUAUUAUAUUAAUUUCUAUUCAAAUCACAAUUUAUUUAUUUAGAUAUCAUUAUCUCCAAUAUUGUAUAGAUAAAAAUUUCCUUUAAAAUCAUUAUUGAUGUUAUUGCCAGUUUAAAAAGUAUAUUAAUUUUUUGUAAUGUUUAGAUAUCAAAUAGUGGUAGUGAAUUUGUUAAUAUAAUAUAUUAUAUUUUAUAUUAUCGUAUAAUCAUUGCAUGUACGCGUACGUGUACAUGUAUUUAAAUCAUAAAAAAAAAUUGUAAAGGAAGAUAAAUUUACGAUCAGUAAAAAGUACUAUUGCAAUCUGUCAGAGCAACAAGAUAUAGUUGACGAUCGUUUAAUGUUUAGGCAUAGGCAAUAACGUAUUAAGCGAUAAUCAACUGUAUCUUAUAAUUUUAAACAGCUUUUCUAAUUAAAUAUUAUACAUUCCUGCUUUGUUUUAUAAGCAGGUAUGCUGAAAAUUUUAUAUAUAAAUCGAAAUAAUAUACAUAACAACAAGAUCAUUAAAUCUAUGUAGAAUGUUAAACAUUUUCAUAAAACAAAUUGCCUUGUAUAAUGUGUGUGUAUUUAUAUACAAAAAGGAAAAGAAAGAGUAAGACAGAGAAAGAAAUAUAUCAAUUUAGAAAUUGAAAUAUUCAUUGACUUUUCGUAAAUAUAAAAUAAUUAUUAUAAUUAAUUAUUUGUUCUAUGCAAAUAUCUAUAUAUUACACAAAUUAGAAAUAUAAUAUGUUAUAAGAAACUUGGCUGCUUUCAAGUAUAGAAAAAAAAAUAUAGUAAAGUUUUGUAUGAUCGAAGUUAUGUAUACACACAUGCGCAUAUGCAUGCAAAUGAAUAUUGGGCUUUUUACUCUGUCCAUUUAGAAAUUAUAUUCAUAAUAUUAAUUGUGGGUAAUAUAAUUAUCCACAUAUUAUCAACCAAAGAAUUUAGAUAUUACUAGCUGUUUGUACUUUUAUCUAAUGACAAAAAUUUUAUGUAUUUUUAUCAUUAGAUCAAAUUACUUUUGUCAAUGGCAUACAAAUCUGAUUAUUGUGUAAAAUUGUAUAAAGACAAAUAUUAAUGACUUUAAAUACGUCUUUCACAUUAUGAAAAUUUUUCAAUUGAAAUAUAUUUUUCAUUUUAUAUAAAUAAUUUUAACAUUUCAUAAGUAUUUUUAUCAAAAUGCAUGAUUCAAACGAUAUAAUCUGUUAUUAUUCAAUAAUAGUAUUUCACGUAUUAACAUUAGUUAAAUGUUAAUGAAAAACUAGGAUUAAAAAGAUUUAUACAUUUUAUUGCACUAUUUAUUAUGCCAUUUACAAUCAACAUUAAUGAUCUUAAUGAUUUGUAUUGGAAUAUAUGUAGUAUUUUCUUAAUGUAAAAAAAUAAUUAUUAAUCUGUAACAUGAAAAUGUUGUGAUUAAAGAAUUAAUUCUACGCGACGUUGUUAUAAUGAUGAUAUUUAUUGUAAAUGUACAAAUAGUCGUAAAUAUUUUAAUUGUGCCAAAAUAGAUUUCAUUGCAUCAUGAAUUCUAAAUUAGUAUAGAUUUUCAAACAGACCUAAAUAUAAAUUAUGGAAGUUUUUUAUUUUUUCUUGUAAAAAAAUAAAUUCAAUGAUGCUCGAUUUAUAGAAAUUACAAUGAUGUACAUACAUAGAUGCAUACAUGAUCGCGCGUAUAUAUGUAUAUUGAAUUUACUUUAUGUAUAUACAAACAGUUUGUAGAGACACAUAAAACUACACAUAUAAUUAUAAA